AUGGCAGCCUCGCCAGCGGCUGGCAUCCCACCACCGACGCCGUUCAACUUCUACCAGACUUCCGAAUGGCCAGAAUGGAUCAUGUCAUUCGAUGAUUACCGCUAUGCGUCGGAAAUCAACGAGAGAACGGAGGAAUCCCAGGUGCGAACGCUUUUGUACACCAUGGGUAGGCAGGCCAGGAAUAUUUUUCAAACUUUUGGCCUUACCGAAGAGGAGUCUCGAUGCUACGAGACAGUGAAAAAAAAGUUUGACGCCCACUUUGUGGCCACGAAGAAUAUAGUCUACGAAAGCGCAAAUUUCCAUCGCCGUAAACAAGAACCCGGAGAAAGUGCGGACAACUUUGUGACCGCCCUGCACGAGCUUGCCGACCGCUGCGAAUUUGCUCGAUUCCGAGAGCGAAUGAUCCGCGACAGAUUUGUUGUUGGCCUCGAAGACGCACAACUGUCAGAAGCACUCCAGGUGGAUUCUACCCUUACGCUGGCGACUGCUCUUGCAAAGGCCAGACCCAAGGAAACAGUUCACCGGCAGCAACUGGAACUCCGGGCCGUCAGCAACAAGGCGACAACAGGUGAACUUGGCAUGGUCCAUCGAACAUCGAGCACAUUGCCCGGCACAUGGGAGGACCGAACAACAGGACAGCAACGGCAGUCGCUCCAGCGUUGGUCGCAGGGGAAGCAGCGACGGCAAGGGUGCCAGUUCUGCGGACGUUCGAGCCACGCGAGAGCCGAGUGCCCGGCACGUUCAGCACGGUGUGACCACUGCGGAAUCAAGGGACAUUUCGCCAGACCUGAAUCUUCUCCAACGUCUAAAUCGGAGAAGUGGUUCCCGACGGUUCGCAACUGCUCGUACGGCAGUGCACCACGCAACCAGAACCAGGCUCGUUUUUAA